CUGACAGUCCCUUCAGGCAACCUAGAAGUCAGUUUAUUUAGCACAAAGCUAAGGGCAAAGUUGAGAUCCAUGGGUCACAGGGAAACACAGAGCACCCUUCUUGCCUUGUUUUACCUUCCCACCAGCUAAAAAUGCAAUUAGCCGUGUGUCGAGUGCUACCAAUGGUUUUUAGGGACGUUUGAUCAAUUGACAUCAAGACUUUUGUCUAACAGAUGGUGACCUGUCUUGUCUUCACUCAAUAUUCUAAGGCAAUAUAUUUGUAAUUAAUCUGUAUAUGGUCUCUGGUAUGUUGUCUCCAAGGGUCUGUAUGACGUCAAUGAAUGAGGUGUCGAAUUAAAUCCUAAUUAGCAUCUUAGAGUGUAUAAAAGCCAGUUGAAUAAACUUGAUACAGCUUGGUUGCUUCAGUGUCAUAUACAGUCUCCCUCAUUCUGAGGCAAAUUCUAGUAAAAUAAUCUGGAUUUCAUUGGAAACGCCGGAAAUAAACCGAUCUCGAACUGCACAAAGGACAUGAUGGACGGUAAUUUGGACGUCUCUAAAAUCAUGCAGACUUAUUCUAUGGGCUCGACUUGCCUUCCAGAGGACACUGGCCCAUGUGCCAAAGCCCCUCAGGUUGCAAGGAUCAAAGUUCAGUUGGAAACAUACAGGCUUUGGCAACAGUUUGACCAGCUUGGCACUGAGAUGAUAGUUACAAAAGCUGGGAGGUUGGAACAAACAUUUCAUCAUUACAGGGAACUGAGGAUGUUUCCUACAUUCCAAGUGCACAUCACAGACAUGGACCCUGCAGCAGAGUAUGUCCUCCUCAUGGACUUCAUUCCAGUGGAUGACAAGAGAUACAGAUACGCCUUCCAUAGCUCUUCGUGGAUCAUGGCGGGACGUGGAGAUGUUGCAAUCCCAGGUAGAGUGCACUUUCACCCAGAUUCGCCAGCACGCGGGGCCCAGUGGAUGAAACAAACUGUCUCGUUUGACCGCCUCAAACUUACCAACAACCUUCUGGAUGAUAACGGGCAUAUCAUCCUGAACUCCAUGCACCGGUAUCAGCCACGGCUUCACGUAGUGCUGGUGGACCAGAGUAGAGACAGUCAGCGUUCAGCUCACCGCAACUUCUGUACUUUCUCCUUCCCAGAAACCAGAUUCAUUGCAGUCACCGCCUAUCAGAACCACAGGAUCACACAGCUGAAGAUAGCCAGCAAUCCUUUUGCUAAAGGCUUCCGAACUGCAGAUGCUAAUAACUGGUCAGCAGAUGGAACCAAGUCUCACCUCUCUCAUUCCCUGUUGCCCUUGCACCCUCAAGAAAGCACACUGCAUCCUGAAACAUCUCAUAAGGAGCAAAGGACAACAGACAAACAGCAUGUAAACCAGAGAGUGAACAGUACCACUGAGAGCAAGAAGAGGGGGAGACAUGCUCAUGUCCACACUGUGCCUAUUGUCCCUCUGUUUCACUGUCAGUGGGAUGGUCUUCAGGGACCAGAAUGAAGCCACCUUGACUGAAGAAAAGCCAAUGUGUUAAACAUUAAACGUAUGUUUUACUGUUUUCUUGUUAAGCCAUCUUAUAAUCUGCUACACCUGCAUGAUGAGUAGUGUUUGGUUUGUCUGUAUAACUUUAUGAACUUAUCAUUGCCUUCAUGAAUGUCUCUCAUAAUGACUUAAUAAACUGCUGGAAUUUUCC